AUGCAAUUGCAUUCUUGGGAACGAGCAUUGUAUCGAACCGAAGAGUUUCGAUUCGAAUGGCAUCGACGGCAGAAAAAAAUGGAGGAAGAUUUGGGAGUGCAGAAUUGUUUGCGGCAAACCGUCGAACUUCCGAAAGUGUGGAACAAAGAAAUGACCGGCGAAGAGUUGGAGCCGUUCCAGAACGAAACAACAGCUCGUCAGCCGGAAUCAGGAUUUGAACAAGAUACUCUAGCAUUGCACAAUUCCUAUAUUAAAGCAUUUUUUAAGCUCUGA